AUGGGUAGCAGUUUUCAAUAUCGUGGUUGGGACCUCCUUGAUGAAAGGCACAGCGGAGUUCUUGCUUAUACCACCAUGGAAGUGGUUCUAGAUUUUACGACAGAUUUCUUGGUUGGAGAAGCUAUCAAAGGGAGCAUCUUGUCUUACUACCUUGCCCAUCAACCCGCGGAGAGUUAUCAACCGAUGAAAUUUGACUUUCCUGAUGAGGACAUCAUGUUCAUUCGAGAUUGCAAUAUUACAGGCCCUAACGAAGGACUUGAACCAGGAUCACGGUGGACACUCGUGUUCGACGGUGCCUCUAAUGCAAAAGUUCAUGGGAUAGGAGCAAUCAUCACAUCUCUGAUUAGUUUUUACAUUCCAUUCAUCACUAGAUUAUGCUUUGACUGCACCAACAAUAUGGCAGAAUAUGAGGCAUGCAUCUACGAUAUUGAAGCAGUUAUUGACUUAAGAAUCAAGAUUAUUAAGGUGUAUGGGGACUCUGCUUUAGUGACCAGUCAAGUUCGAGGAGACUGGGAAACUCCCAAUAAGAAGUUGAUUUCAUACAGAGAACACGUGGUGAAACUGAUUCCCUAUUUUGAUGAAAUCACUUUGAAAUUCUAG